GCGAGCGCAGUCCCACGUCACUGUCAAACACAAAUUGACGUUUCAAUUUGACAGCCGCCUCCGUCCGCCGACCGACCUCCGCGGACACAAACAAAACGAAACGACGACCAACAUCAACCGGCAUCGCGACUGACAUGGAAUUAAGAAAUCAUCGGGGUUUCGCUUCAAGAAUAACUCAAUAAAUAUUUAUGCCAUAUUCAGAGGCCGCGUCGACCGCGCCUGACAUUCAAAUAAUCGUCGCCGGCGACGUUGAAGCGCAUGUUUUAAUGAAUUUUAAUCGCGGACCUGCAUAGUAAUUCGAGAGCAUUGUGCCGCGUUCGAAGGAGGGCCGACCCGAAUCAAAUAAACAACAGCGAUCAGUCGGGGAGAUGGCUUUCGAGGACCGCUGCAGUCCUAACCAGGCGACCAGCCCGGGUCCAGUGUCGGGGCGCGUGCCUGCGCCGCAUGCGGAGAGCCCCGUCGGCUACCGGUCGCCCAGCCAGUAUACUUGUACCACCAUAGACGCCCGCUACGACCGCGGCAUGCCUAAUAUCACCAUGAUCAAGGUGCAGCCGAGCUCGCCACCUCCGAGCCCCGACCGGCACCAUGAGAUGGAGUACCAGAACUACUACAGACCGGAGACACCGGACGUCAAGCCGGUCAUAAACCCGGACGACAGGUUCGAGCCGGACAAGAGGCGACAACAGCCGACGGCGCCGAUAGCCUUCUCUAUUAGUAACAUUCUACACCCGGAAUUCGGUCUGAGCGCAAUUCGGAAGACGAAUAAAAUAGAGGGUCCGAAGCCGGCGGGGCCCAACCACAGCAUGCUGUACAAGCCGUACGACUUGUCGAAACAGAAUGAGUACCAGAAGUAUAGUUUCGAUUACCUGAAGUCUAAGGAGCCUAGCGACUUCAACAGUCUCCCGCCGCUGGGUGGGCUGCGGCAGACGGUGUCGCAGAUCGGAGAGCUGGUGAGCAAGGAUAAGGAGGUGCAGAAAGUGGCGGAGCAGCGAAGGCCGGACUCUGCCAGCUCGCUGGUGUCCUCGGCGUCUAGCGGCGCGCCCUCUACAUGCAGCACGGAUGCCCCCAGUCAGGCUUCCGGCAAUUCCGCGCUGUGGCCCGCCUGGGUCUACUGCACUAGAUACAGUGACCGACCUAGCUCCGGUCCUAGAAGUAGAAGGAUGAAAAAGAAGAUGAAUCCAGAAGAGAAGAGACCUAGAACAGCCUUCAGUGCAGCGCAACUCGCGAGGCUAAAGCACGAGUUCGCUGAGAACCGGUACCUUACGGAGCGGCGGCGACAGGCGUUAGCAGCGGAACUGGGCCUAGCCGAGGCACAGAUCAAGAUCUGGUUCCAGAAUAAGCGAGCGAAGAUAAAGAAGGCUUCAGGUCAGAGGAACCCGCUCGCGCUCCAGCUGAUGGCGCAGGGACUGUAUAACCAUAGUACCGCCACUGAAAGUGAUGAAGAUGAUGAAGAAAUUAGUGUCACAUAAAUUGGUGAUGAAAUGUGAAAAAAGUAUUAAAAAUUUGUAUCAUGUAUACUUAUUUAUAUACCA